UGUACCGUAGUGAGAGAAUAGAGGCGCAGCCUGGAUCUGAGCUCGGCUGCAGGGACUGUCUCUCCGGAGGGUUCUGGUUCCGGAGCCGCCGGGACCGAGUCACCGAAAGACGACAAACGUCCAGAUCGGGCAUUUGAUAAAGCAGAAGGUAGAACCCAGAACCUCGGAGCUGGUGUACCGAUGGACUCGACCGAUUUCCGGGUCACGUGGUGGAUGCAUAAUAAGCCAACCAAAGAACGUAAUAUAGCCUGCACCGACCGUAUAUGAAACAAUACACGCGCACUGAAACCUAACCGAGGCUGGCCUUGGUUCGGAUGACCGCAGUGGUGCUGCCUCCCUGAGCUCCAUCAGCCGUGCAGGUGCCGAGCCGAGCGGCACACCGGGCCCAGCGGCUCUGAGAAGGGGGACACGGCAUGCCAGAGCCGGGGGGAUAUCUCAUGUGAUCCGUUGUGUCAGGGAUGUACAGUCUCGUGAGGAUUGUACACAGAAUGUGGGCCCGCUGCACCCUGUACUGACUGUUCUGACUGAACAGACUGUACUGAGACACAGCCUGACUGAUCUGGUUCUGCUCUGAUGGGCUCACACAGAGCUGCUUAUAUGCAGGAACACCUGUUCUGUAAAGCUGCUGCAGGACAGAGCGUUGGAAUUUAGAGUGAGUCGAGGUCAAGAAAAAGGCUUCGGUGUUCCAUGUGCCCGUUAGCGUCUUCUUGUCAAGAUGAGUACGGACAGACCCAAACGGAACAUCAUCAGAAAGAAAUAUGUAAGUGACAUCAGUGACGGGAUGCCGUGGUGUGAAGAACGUCUCGUCCGCAAAGUCCUCUUCCUGUCCCUCAGGGAAUUCAGAGACACACACCGUGCCACACAAAAACACUCACACAUACACACACGUGCACACAAGCACACAACAAAAAAUACUCUCCUUCAUGCUCAGCGAAAGACAAGGACACUGCCAAAAACCCACAAACAGCAAAACACACGCACAAGACAGAGUGUGCACACGCCACGACAAAGACCACCUAUCACACACACACAGAAAAACACACAAAAUAUGCACAUUUCAAAACCCCCUCAUGGAGACUCCAACAAAGCGCAAAAAAAUAACGUGUCUCAGGACUCAUGCACACCAAGAAAUAAAUGUACGUCCACCCUACAGAACAUGCAAACACAAUCAGGGAGAAUGACACACACUGUACAACCCAAACAAGAUAAUACACACACACUCCAGAGGAAUGCUGCAUCCACCAGGACACUACGCUCGCAUAAAACACAUAAAACACUGCCGCUGCUCAACUCAAAACACGCAGAAAGUGCAAAACACACACAUGUUGCUCAGCACAAACACUCAGUGAAGAACACACAGACGCUGCUGAAGGCUGCUACCCCCCCGAGGACGCUGCGCUCACACCCCCCCACACGCCUCAGGGGCUCCCUUGUUAAUGGCAGCAUCAGCGGCUGUCAGUCCCUGCUGUCGGCCCGCUGGAGCCUCUCUCUGCAGACGCAGCUCCGCCCGGCCGGCCUCCACCGCCACAGGGACGGCUCCUCCAGCAAGAAGUCAGCUGCAGGGUCAUCAUUACCACGGCUGCAGGCGCAGAGGAAGUUUGCUCAGUCCCCUCCCAGCUCUCCAGGGCCGCCAGCAAUGAUGUCAUCAGCACGAGGUAAGCACGGACACAACCUGGCGGUAGUCACCUGUCUGACGAGGAGGCGACCCAAGACCGAGGACUUCCUGUCCUUUCUCUGUCUGAGAGGUUCAGCAGCGUUGCCUAGCAACAUGGCCUUCUUAGCGAGUGGACGAGCGAAGGAGCCAGCUGGCCCCCAACCAAUCCCAACCAAUCACAAGACUGCAGCGCAGGGGAAUAACAUGAGCCUCUUCAGCAGAACAACAGUGCAGCGGGACUCUCGCUCUCUGAGGGGGGGGCCUGCCGGCUAUGCAGCGGGGGGCUCCUUCUGCCCUCUGAGCGCCCGUGCACAGAGGAGGAGGGAGAGAGAGAGGAGGAGUAGAGAGGGGGGAGCUGAGAGACACCUGCUGAGACCCCGGCAGCUCCCCCUGCAGGUCAGGAGGACAGGCCAGAUUUCCAUGGUGACUGGACUCUCUGAUCAAAGAGCUUCCUGUGUCAGGUCAGUUCCCAUCUUAAAGCCGAGCUCCGGGGGAGCCAGCAGACGCUCCCCCAGGCCCUCCCCCAGGCCUAGCAAUACCUGUAAACCCAGACUCCAGGAAGCCAAAAACAAACACCUCACCCAGCGCAGCAAACACCAGCUGCCUCGUAACCACCGCCUUCCUCCACAACCCCGCACCACCCCAGACAAAUCCAGAAACCCCAAGACCAUCAGCAGUGUGCAGAACUCAGGAAGACAUCCCAGCAGGACUCAAACCCCAGUGACUAAUGGCUCAGCGAUUAGAGCAAUCACUGAGAACCCUGAGGUUCUGAGGUCAUCCAGAAGAAGGAGAGGCCUCCCCCCCGACACCAGCCCCACCCCUCUGAACAACAAGAACUCAAAGAAGGCCAGGACAGUGCAGUGCAGCCAUGCUGAUGUCCCAGAGAAGAGGGAAUGCCAUGUUGGGGAGAUCCCUCAGAGGGAGGCCAGCUGUGAUGCAGAUGUAAGAGAAGUGUCUGAAGGCCACAUAAGUGAAAUCACUGAAGACCUUCCACAGGACAAAUGUGGCUGUGUUGGAGAGAUGACAGUAGAGAGGGGUUGUGGUGUUGGUGAAGACAAACAUGUUGAAAGUUUGUCCUCCGUCUCUUCUCAAGAAGAGGUCAACCUUUCUACCAUGAUCGCAAACUCUGAGCUAGGCCCCGUCAGUGAGGUCAUCAGCAGACAUGUGAGAGACAGAAGGCUCCAGAGAAAUCAGACUGUCCCCAGACUAAUGACCAGGACUGCUGAUUCCAGGAGGAGGACUACUGCCAUUAAAGUUGCUAUGAACUCAUUGACUUCUACAGACACACACAGUAAUCCACCAGCCAGUGUUUUUGCCAAGCACACUGCUAAGGGCACUAACACAUGUUCUAGCAAGGACAUGACCAAGUGUACUUCACCAUCCAGCAGAUGCUCUCCAAUCCUGAAUUCCAAAGGUGCUGUAAAAGACCCUUCUAAGGGUACCACAGAGUACUCGACAGAGAACUGUUCAGCUGUCAGUAGUUAUUCCAACACUUCCAGGAGCUCUGCAAAGGGCCCCACCCAGAUCAAGUCUACUACCUCAGCCAUUAAGACCAGAAGCAGCCCUAGAAUCCUUCAGAGGCGCUAACAACACCUGAUUAACUAUAUUAAGAAAUUGAUGAUUAGCAAAAUGUUUUUGGCUGCUUGGAUAGUGAUAUGUGUACUGUUCACUACACAUGUCAAUAACUUUGGGAUCAUUUGUAUUAUUUAAUGGUUUAGAAAGUGAAGGCUCAUGAACACCUUCUGUUUCGCGCAGACAGGUCCGUAGGAGGAAAUGUUCAUAAGCGAGUGAAGACAGACUUCCCACACAGUCCUUUACUUGCAUAGAACUUUAUUUAUAAAAACAAUGUUCCAACCCAAGAUCUACAUGAGGUAAAGCUUAAAGGUGAGGUUUUACCUGAUAAUGAUCUUAUGACAAACACAUUUCUCAAUAAAGUAAAUAGCAAGUUAAAGGACAGUGUGUUUCCAACACUUUUCACAGCCUAAUGGCAGACAAGUUGUGUAAAGGCCCAGAUACACCGGCCAGUCACCUGAGAAGUCGCCGACGCCGACACCGACUGUUGCGUCGCCGGAC